GAUGCAUAUAUACAAUUAUUGUUUCUUUUUUAUUACAAGCAAACAGUUAUUGCUUAACAUCUUAUGCAUAUAUAUAAUCCUACAACAUAAAACAUUAUCAUACACACACACCCUUCUUCUUUAUAGUAAUGUUGAUGAAUCUCACAGCAGGUUCUCCAAUGAAUUGUUCAUUCUUCCUUCGUUUUCUCAUUGUAUUACUUGCUUUAUGCUACAAAACAAUGGGUGUGAUAAAACUACCACCAAAUGUUACGGUUCCAGCAGUGAUAGCAUUUGGAGAUUCAAUAGUUGACUCAGGAAACAACAACAACCUCAAAACUUUGGUCAAAUGCAACUUCCCUCCUUAUGGAAAAGAUUUUCAAGGUGGUGUUCCAAGUGGUCGAUUUUGCAAUGGCAAAAUUCCUUCAGAUAUAAUAGCUGAAGAAUUGGGUAUCAAGGGGUAUGUCCCUGCAUAUUUGGAUCCAAAUCUCAAAUCAAGUGAUCUUCUUACGGGCGUAGGGUUUGCCUCUGGAGCUUCAGGAUACGAUCCUUUGACACCACAAAUUGCGUCAGUGAUACCAUUAUCUGCUCAACUAGACAUGUUCAAAGAAUACAUAGGAAAACUGAAAGGCAUUGUUGGAGAGAAAAGAACAAACUUCAUACUAUCCAACAGUCUUUUUAUUGUGGUGGGAGGCAGUGACGACAUUGCCAACACAUAUUAUGUUGUUCAUGCAAGAUUGCAAUAUGACAUUCCUGCUUAUACAGACCUUAUGUCCAACUCAGCCAUUAAUUUUGUAAAGGAAAUACAUAAACUUGGAGCUCGUAGAAUUGCUGUACUGAGUGCACCACCAAUUGGAUGUGUUCCAUCACAGAGAACUCUUGCAGGAGGGAUUGUAAGAGAAUGUGCAGAAAAGUAUAAUGAUGCUGCAAAAUUAUUUAACUCCAAAAUCUCCAAGGAGCUUGAUUCCUUCAAUCACAACUCACCCAAUAGCAGGAUUGUUUAUAUUGAUGUUUACAACCCUCUACUUGAUAUCAUUCUCAACUAUCAAAAAUAUGGAUACAAAGUUGUGGAUAGAGGUUGUUGUGGCACCGGAAAAUUAGAGGUUGCAGUGUUAUGCAACCCUUUGGAUACUACUUGUUCUAAUGCCUCUGAAUAUGUUUUUUGGGAUAGUUAUCAUCCUACUGAAGGGGUAUACAGACAGCUCGUAACUAUAGUCCUUCAUAAUUAUUUGAACAAAUUGAUAUAAGCUUCAUUAAUUAAGUUUAUUAUAUGAGAAGUGUUAGGAACAUUUUUCUUUAAACAUUAUCUCUAACGCUCACUUUAUAAUUGGGAAAUUUCACAUGGGUCUGAUUACUUUUAAAGUGAGAGAUCCACGUUAAUUUGAAUCAAUAAUAAAGUGAGUGUUAUACUGAAUGUUGAAAAGAGUCUUUCUAAUCCUUCUCUUAUCAUAUUUAUAUUUUAUUCAAAUUUGUAUUUUGAUGAGUUUUGUUGAGUUGUUUGCAUAAUUGUUUAAGUAUCAGUACUUGGAGAAUUCAUAUAUUUUCACAAAUAGGACUGCCCUGCAUCGUUCUCUAUGAAAUGUUUAUUUCUAUUUGGCAA